CUCCGGAGCUCGUAUUUAAAACAGAAAAGGGGGUAUUUCGACUUUGACAAAUAACGCCCAAUAUGCCCAGUGAUCUUUAUGCCGUAGCAGAUUUCUGCCUCAUCCCAAUUGGAACAGGAGAAUCUUCUGUCGCAGAAUAUAUUGCAGAGUGCCAGAGAGUCUUGGAAAAAUCAGGGCUGACGUUCAAGAUGCAUGGGUACGGCACUAAUAUUGAGGGACCUUGGAGCGAAGUGUCCCAAGCCAUACAUGAUUGUCAUGCUGCAGUCCAUGCCAAAGGUGCCCCUCGAGUCGCCACAGACAUCCGCAUUGGUACACGCGUAGAUCGAGACACUCCCGUGGGUGAUGGCAACGAUCAUAAGGUGAAACGUGUAGAAGAGAUCCUAGCGAGAGACAGAGCAGCUGCAUCCUAAGUCUUCGCUGCUUUGUAAGGUCGGCCAGGUAAUAGUGUACGAUUUUCCUGCUUGCAUGCUUUCGACAACAUGCGACGUAAUUUUAUAUUUAACACGACCACGAGUCCCAGACAUAUCGAACAUGACCCUACAGCGCGGAUGCCAAAUAAAAUA